AUGGAUAUGUUGGACUCCGAUAGUACGUUGUCUUCAGAGACAUUCCUUUCGACGUGUUCUCUGGACGAUAUUAUCGCUCAUUCCCUUCGGUACGAAGCAGACAAGGACAUUUCUGAGCUAAAGGAUACGGAGAAUGUGUCUUUGGUUUAUCAUUUUUUAAGGCAUAUUUGGACUUCCAUGACAGAUGCGUCCGUCUACACUCCACUUGAAGGUGUUGCUGAUAUUGAUGGAGUGAUCCCUUUUCUUCAUUCUUCCAUAUCUCGCCAGCAAGUUGCUGAGCGCAUUUUGGAUUUUCUAUCGCAUUUUCGUGAGGAUUCUUCAGACGACGGUACUGGUGAUGGAGACAAUACAGUGUCGUCGUUACGUAAUGUGGCGCAGGGUCACCUUUUAACAAGUUUUAAAGUCCUGUCAAGCUACUUAUUGUCUGGUAUUGUUCGAGGUAACGGGAUGGUUUCAUCUAGUUACGGAAUUCUGUGUCUGGCGGAGGUAUAUAUGUACAUGAUUCCUGCGGCGCUUGACCUUUCUCUUUUCUUGGACCUACUGACCGAUUUGGUAAAGGGUCUGCCGAUAGAGGGUGCUAAGGCAUUAUGUCAAUUUUUGUAUGAGCGCACAACAUUUUUGCGCAAUGCAUUCAAGUCUUUGGAGGCGUCUGCAACAAGUACACGCCUUGUUCAGACUGCAGGGGCUAAAAUGAUCGGUUUGGUUCGAGUGUUGGAAGGCAUAUUAGGGGAGAGUGCGGAUUGUGAUAUUCCUGUCCAGGUUUUCAACACAAGGAUCACUAUGACUAGUUGUUUGCCCAUAUCUCAUUUGGGAGUGUGUAAUAGACAAUCUUUCUCUGCUUACAUGGAGCCUGUUCGAAAGGGAUCGCUUGAGGAGUGGAAGUCGGAGUUGGCUUUGACCCUUCGAAAGCGUGCUCAUGGUAUUUCUCCAUUUGAACUCAGCAAUUACGAGGCUAUUGCUGGAAAUGUUGGUUUCCCUAACAGUGUAUCUGGCGAUAUAUUCGAUGUUAAGUCGUUAAUUGGUUCGUCUAACGAUCGCUCUGCUGUUAUGCAGUCCCUACAACAUAUACCAUCGUAUACGGUCUACUGUGACUAUUGCGAUUUGCUUAACUUUAUCUUCAACCCAUUAAUAAUAACGGAUAAAACCCAAGAGUACAUGGAGAGUUUGCAUUCGCAAUUUCAAUCGGUGGCAAACCACAUUCUUAUGUUGGCUGAGAAGGUUCCUCGUUACGAACAGGAACAGCCAUGGGUGAUGCCGCUGACGACCAACAUCUCAUUUUUCAUCUCUCGCUGCGCAAGUCUAUCAUUCUGGACGACGUUUCUCUCCGCUAGCAGUCUCGCUGUUCAGUCACUAAAAAUAUCGCAUAAGCGCACUGCACCUACGGAAAGUAUCUAUUCUCUCCUUCGUGAUAAGUCAGCUGCUUCAUUGGAUGCUAUCGAGAGGAUCUUAAGCCAAUGUACAUCCAAGGUUAGCGGCUUAUCGUCGACAUUGGAGCGCCUUCUUUCUCGGGAAAAGGAAUGGAUAUUAUGGAAACAGCGCGGUUGCGUAGCGGACCCUCUUCGGCCAAUAACUACCGACGUUUUAACGUCGCCUGGCGAGCCUGCCCUCUCUGAUAGUGGCUCUGAUGAGAGCUACAUGCUCGAUUUUGUGGAGAUGUUGUCAGAACUGGAAUCACUAAGUUACGUGGGUGAGGACGGUCUUCCGGAGCUUGGUUCUAAUCUGUCUCUUUCUAUUGACGAUCUAAAACUGAAUCGGCAAGCCACAGCGUGGUAUUUGGAAAACCGUGCAACCGAAGGUACUGCCAGCAGCGCUAGUGAACGUCUAAGUCAGAAACUGGAUGAUUAUGUUGAGAAGAUGCGUAUGGACGCUGAUCCCGAAAACGGUAUAGAAGAGUCUGAGCACAGCAAAUAUGACCCUAUGUUCCGUUUCCGUUUCAAUCGUUUAUUCGCGGGUCAACACGUGCAGAAGUACAUGGAGCUAAGCAAUGAGGAUAUAGCUUCAGGUAGUCUUGAGUGUCUGGCUGAAUCGUUGAGUUGGGGUGACGAUUACACGUCUAAAAAGAAUCGCAAGCGUGAAAAGAGCUGA